UGGAGCACAGCGGAGACGACAAUGAAGGUGGCUGGUGGGACGUUGACGGUGGCGACGACAGCAGCAACCUAAGGCGAAGGUGGCCGGUGGGAGCACAGCGACCUCAGGCCCUCUGGCGAUGUCCGUGGCCUCAAGCUCCGAAGCAACGGGUUCCACGGCGAAGGUGGCCAAUGAGAUCAUUCAGUCUCCCUCUUUUGGGUCACGGGCGGCCACCCCACUGCCAAGACAACGGUGGGACAUCUGUAUCUACAGUGGAGCCCAUCAGCAGCAGCACGUUGGCCUUCAAGGGUUCUGUGGUUUCAGUGGCAGCCACAAAGAGGCACAACAGCAACAUCCCUGUGUGUGGGACUCCGGAAGCCAAGCUCCUCAAAUUGCCCUGGUCUGAUGACAACCAUAGUCCAGCCCUUUUGGAAGCCUUCAAGGCUGUGGUAGCAGCUGGUGGGAGUGGCUGGCUGGACCCAGUGGCUGCAGUGAAAACAGAACUGGAAGUGGACUGUUCCUCUGAGGAGGACCUAGGAAGCGGGAGCAGAGACACAAGUGGCAAGAGCAGUGAGCCACAGCAACUCACCUGGACCCCCACCUUACUUGUGACAGAACGCAAGAGAAAGAAGAAGCCCAUUAGCCAGGAACGCACAACCUUAGUGAACCUUGUACCAUCCAUUGAUAGGAUAAAGGAACCUAAGCCCAACCCCCUGGGAUCUGAGGAACAAGCAGAGGCCUACAAUAUGGAGCCCAUGUUGUCAUUUUUCCCACCAGAGUCCCCCAUUAGAAGCAUGGUACUAGGUUUCAAAGUACUUUGCGGAGAUGGGGUACAAUCUGGACAGAUGGACAGCUGUGUCCCCUCAGAUCUCCAACCUGGGGUGUCUUUUACGCUGCUGUUCCUGCCAUGAGCAUAGAGAAAUGGAGGAGAGAGGUAAUUUGUGGUGUGUGUGUGUUCUCUAUUCUUGUACCUUUCUCCCCUCCUUGAAGAUCAUCUCCAGCUGGGAUUCAGGGGGCAGCCAGUCUGUUUACAUGGGAACUCCCAGCUGUUUUCCAUUUCAUGUAAAUUUCUCACACCUUUCUUCCUGCCAAAGAAUGGUCACUUAACUAGGUGAUAAUCUACUUGACUUUGUUGACUUAAGCUACCUGGCUUAGUUGCUGGUUUGUCUUUUGUUUCUGAGGAACUGGUUUGUGCCUGCUUUUCUAAACUUGCAAAAAGAAAAGGAGUAC